AUGUCGAGUUCCGACGAGGGCGAAAUUGUUGAGGACAAUGGAGGCAAUUUGAAGGCAUCAUCACUGCCGUGCACACAAGGAAGCAGUGUUGACCGUCGAGACAGACUACCUAACCGGGACUCGCCCGAUCGAGACUCGCAGAGAACCCGCUCCCCCAGAGGCUACAAGCGCGGCCGCGAUGACUACGAUGCACGGAGCCGGCGACGCGAUGUGCCAGGCCCGUCUCGCUCCGACCGUGACAGCCGCGAAAGACGUGACGACCACAAGCGCUCAAGAAUAUCCUACGACGAUCUGGAUCGAUCCUCUGGACGAGGGCUAGACAGCAGAGACAUCCCAAACCGCAGCCGUGAUCGCAGCCGAGACCACUACAACGAUAAAGAUCGCGACCGCCGUCACAGCCGCUCACCGCCCCAUCGAUCGCACCACAACGAUCACAGCAGCGGACGCAACGGAAGAGGUGGGCGCCGCAUCUCCCCAGGACGGCGCAAUCACGGUCUCGACUACGACAAUUACCGCGACUCUACCAUGGCAAGUUCUGAGUCACGAUGGAGGACCGGCGCGUCAGUGCCUCCCGCAGCCAAUGCAGAUGCUAAAUCACACAAACACAGUUCUGAGACUGGUGCCGCUGCUCGCGCCGAUCCAGCCACCAAGUCAGUGCACUUCGCAGAGUUUGAUAGCAGCGGAGUACUGACCAGCUCCAGAGAACAACCUGCCGCUGAUUCGAACUACGAUUAUGACAAUCAAGAGGAAUUCGACGAAGAGGCCGAGAUUGAACGUCGUCGCAAACGCCGCGGAGCACUUCUCGCAAAAUCUAGCUCUGCUACACCCUUGCUUCUUCAAGCUGUCGGAGCCACCGAAAAGGUUCGCGCAGCCUCGCCUACAGUCUCGGAUGCGACCAUUGACGUAGAGACGCCGCAAACACCACAGUCAACAUCGCACCAUGCCAUGUCUCCGGGAAGACUUGAUCUCACCGACGACCGCGCUCUGAUGAACAGCCACGCCGUUCCAAAAGACGACGAAGAUGACGGCCCAUCCGCAGCUGAUUAUGACCCAACAGUUGAUAUGAGAGUGGAUGAACAGCGCGAUGGGCUUCGUCAAGGCCAUGCAGUAAACGGUAUUGCGCAGGCUGAACAGAAUGGGGUCGAAGCGAAAGACGCGCGCGCAGACGAGGACGAAGACGAUGGUUUCGACAUGUUCGCCGACGAUUUCGACGAGGAAAAGUACGCGACGAUGCCAGCCCAGGGCGACGAGGUAGCUGCCAACACUGGCAAAGGAGGCAUCCUCGAAGGUGACGACAAGGACGGCUACUACAAGAUGCGAGUCGGCGAGAUCAUCAACGGUCGUUACCAGAUCCAGUCGACUCUUGGACGAGGCAUGUUCUCGGGCGUUGUGCAGGCCCUCGACACGACCACAAAAAUGCCAGUUGCCAUCAAGAUCAUGCGAAACAACGAUGCCCUGCGUAAAGGCGGCUACACCGAGAUUGCGAUCCUCGAAAAGCUCAACGACGCCGAUCCAGAGAAUCGCAAGCACAUCGUCAAGUUUGAAGUCUCAUUCGACUACCGCGGGCACUUGUGCAUGGUGUUUGAAAGCCUGAGUAUGAACUUGCGUGAGGUGCUACGAAAGUUUGGUAACAAUGUCGGCAUCAACCUCAGCGCGACGCGAACGUAUGCAUACCAAAUCUUUGUCUCGUUGGCUCACAUGCGCAAAUGCAGCAUCAUCCAUGCUGAUUUGAAACCCGACAACAUUCUGGUGAAUGAAAACCGCAGCAUGCUGAAAAUUUGCGACUUGGGAACGGCCAUUGAUCGGUCAGACGCAGCAACCGCACAUACGGAGAUCACUCCGUAUCUUGUCAGCCGAUUUUACCGAGCGCCAGAAAUCAUCCUCGGCAUGUCGUAUGAUUACGGCGUCGACAUGUGGUCCAUCGGCUGUACACUCUACGAGCUCUACACGGGCAAGAUUCUCUUUACCGGCGACAGCAACAAUCAGAUGCUUAAGGCCAUUAUGGAAAUCCGUGGACGCUUCACUCCCAAGCUGUACAAGCGUGGACAGCUCUCGGCCGGCCAUUUUGAUGAUCUGGGCCAAUUUGUCAGCGUAGAGCACGACAAGCUCCUCAACAAGGUGGUGAGAAAAGCCGGCGUUCUAAGCGCCGACGUGGCGGCCCCUGCAUCCAACGCUACCAGCCUCCGUAGCCAGUCAACUCGGAGCGCAAGUGAAAUCCCAUCGCGGCGGUUACGGUCGCAGGUGGCCGCAUCGUCGGGCUUGGCCUGGGUGCAUGAGAUGGCCGGACCAGGGCAAGCAAAGGAUCCGAAACAGUGGAUAGUCGCCGGUGUGAGAGCUAACGUGUGCUUUUUGUUCCAGACCGCUGUACGAACGCUGCCGGUGGUGAAGCCCACGCGGGACCUUCGGACGCGCCUGAUGGCUGCGUCAGCGGGGAUGAAUGACGCGGAGACCAAGGACCUGAAUCACUUUGUCGACUUGCUGGAGCAGUGCCUAGCGUUGAAUCCGGACAAGCGGAUCAAGCCCACGGACGCGCUGAAGCACCCAUUCUUUACAUCGAGGGCGUCAUCCGUGAAGCGAUGA